AUGACGAGACAGAAAGUUAAAAUGGCUUUCAUCGAAAAUGAGACGUCAAGGAAAUCAACGUUCAAGAAAAGGAAGAGAGGCCUUCUGAAGAAAGCCUACGAGUUACAAACUCUUUGUGAUGUCCCAAUCGCCAUAAUGAUUGACAGUGCGUACGACUCGAGCCCGGAGGUGUGGCCAACGACAGAGAAGGUGGACAGGAUUGUGUCCCACUGGAAGACGAUGUCGCCGAUGGACAAGAGCAAGAAGAUGAUGAACCAAGAGACCUUUCUCCAACAAAGGAUCUACAAAGCAACUGAGAGUUGCAAGAAGCUGCGGAAGGAGAACAGAGAGAUGGCCAUGAAAGAGGUUAUGUUCAGUUGUCUUAGUGGGGAACAUUCUGUUACCCGUAUUGAUAAAAAUGAUCUUCGAGAUUUUGGUUUUGUCGUUGAGCAGCAUCUCAAAGAUCUCAAUCGUAGGAUUGAGAUUCUUAAGAAAAACGGUGAAACGCUGCCUUCCUCCCCUGCUGCUGCUGCUGUUGUUCCUACAACACCUGAUGUCGUCGUGGCUACGGUUGAGAUGGCUACCUCUACCGUUGGAUUUUACGAUGAGGUUCGAGGUCAGAUUAAAGACAGUUUGAACAUCAAACAGACUGUUAAGGAUCUGGAUCUGAAUAAGGAACAGUGGUGA